UGAUAUGGGGAGGUUUUUGGGGAGGCUUGAGAUGCUUUUGGGUGAGGCUUGAGGAGAUUUAGGGGAGGAAGAGGAGAAGCCAGGUGAAGGCUGCUGGAGGAAGGCUGUGAGGCAGCAGCUGAGUCAUGGUGGCCGAGCAGCUGCUGGGUGGAGGAGGCUCCAGAUAAGGACCUUUGCUAUCAGCCCCGGGCCAGACCUUGUUUGUCAGCUCCUGCUGGGCCCUGGGAGGUCCCAACCUGCUUGGGGGGAGGAGGAGGAGGGGAGGACACAAGUCCUGCUAAUGAUAAAUAAUAGAGCUGCUGAUUAAUAAGGGAGCUAAUAGCCCUGCUGGCAAUGAAUAAAGGAGCUAAUAAUGCUGCUGGUGAUUAAGAACAGAGCUAAUAAUUAGUGAUUGAGAUAGGAGGCUUCCUGAUACUAACUAAUAGGGCUGCUGAUGAUUGAUAAUAAGGCUACUAGCCCUCCUAAUAAUUAAUAAUAGAGCUGAGGGUCCUCCUAAUAAUAAAUAAUAGAGCUAAGGGUCCUGCUAAUAAUUAAUAGAGCUGAGUCAUGCUAAUGAAAUAAUACAGAUAAUAAUAAUAAUAUAACAGAGCUAAAAGUCCUCUUAAUAAUAAAUAAUAGAGCCAAUAGUCCUGGUAAUAAUGAUCAAGAGUAGAGCUGAGUCAUGCUAAGGAUAAAUAAGAUGGCUAUGAGUUUAAUAAUGACAAUAAUUAAUAAUAGAGAAGUUCUCCCCCAGCCGUGUCCCUCACUCCAGCUCUCCCCAUCAGGUGUCCUCUCCAGCCACUUGUCAGCCCAGGGCUGAGGUUCUGGCUGGAGACCACAGCCUGGAGCCUCUCCCCAGGACUCUCUUUUCCUCCUGGAGUUGCUGAGAUGAAGAACCUCAGCGAGGCUGAGGGCUCCUGAGGAAGCCACCAGCUCAGCAGCAGCCACCAUGGUGCACUGGACAGCUGAGGAGAAGCAGCUCAUCACCAGCCUCUGGGCCAAGGUCAACGUGGAGGAAUGUGGUGCUGAGGCCCUGGCCAGGCUGCUGAUCGUCUACCCUUGGACCCAGAGGUUCUUCUCCUCCUUUGGGAACCUCUCCAGCCCCACUGCCAUCCUGGGCAACCCCAGGGUCCGUGCCCAUGGCAAGAAGGUCCUCACCUCCUUUGGGGAAGCCAUCAAGAACCUGGACAACAUCAAAGCCACCUACUCCAAGCUGUCAGAGCUGCACUGUGAGAAGCUCCACGUGGACCCCGAGAACUUCAGGCUCCUUGGGGACAUCCUGAUCGUUGUCCUUGCUGCCCACUUCACCAAGGACUUCAGCCCUGCCUGCCAGGCAGUGUGGCAGAAGCUGGUGACCGUGGUGGCACACGCCCUGGCACACAGGUACCACUGAGCACCCCCUCCCCCCCUCAGCUGCCUGGGGGAGAAGGUCCCUGCUCCACCCCCAGCCCCUUGGAGAUGUCCUUGGAGCUCCUGCUGGAGCUCUCACCCCCUCCUCAAUAAAGG